GAGGUCGGCGGCGGCGCCGCAGUCGUGGAGGGGAGGUGGGAGCGUAAGCGGCCGCGGGCGACGCAAGUUCCGCACGGGGCACUCCUUUUCUCGUCUCACGCUUCUCCUUCCUCUCGCAUAGUCGCGUGCUGCCUCCCCACGGCGGCUCUUCCCGACAAGAGCUUUCGGAGUGCGGUUGCUGAGGAGAAGCCAUCGCCAGCUCGUCUUAGGGCCGAGUGAGGGUGCCUGUCGCACCGCGUCGCCCCCUGCGCUGCCUCCUUGCCCCCAGUGGUGGGCGCCCUUCUCGUUCGAAGCACUCCCCCCAGCUCCAUGAAUGGAAAUCGGCUCCGCAGGACCUGUUGGGGCCCAGCCCCUACUCAUGGUGCCCAGAAGACCUGGCUAUGGCACCAUGGGCAAACCCAUUAAAUUGCUGGCUAACUGUUUUCAAGUUGAAAUCCCAAAGAUUGAUGUCUACCUCUAUGAGGUAGAUAUUAAACCAGACAAGUGUCCUAGGAGAGUGAACAGGGAGGUGGUUGACUCAAUGGUUCAGCAUUUUAAAGUGACUAUAUUUGGGGACCGUAGACCAGUUUAUGAUGGAAAAAGAAGCCUUUACACAGCCAAUCCACUUCCUGUGGCAACUACUGGGGUAGAUUUAGAUGUUACUUUACCUGGGGAAGGUGGAAAAGAUCGACCUUUCAAGGUGUCGAUUAAAUUUGUCUCUCGGGUGAGUUGGCACCUACUACACGAAGUACUGACAGGACGGACCUUGCCUGAGCCACUGGAAUUAGACAAGCCAAUCAGCACUAAUCCUGUCCAUGCCGUUGAUGUGGUGCUACGACAUCUGCCCUCCAUGAAAUAUACGCCUGUGGGGCGUUCCUUUUUCUCAGCUCCAGAAGGAUAUGACCACCCCCUGGGAGGGGGCAGGGAAGUAUGGUUUGGAUUCCAUCAAUCUGUUCGACCUGCCAUGUGGAAAAUGAUGCUUAAUAUUGAUGUUUCUGCCACUGCCUUCUACAAAGCACAACCUGUAAUUCAGUUCAUGUGUGAAGUUCUUGACAUUCAUAAUAUUGAUGAGCAACCAAGACCUCUGACUGAUUCUCAUCGAGUAAAAUUCACCAAAGAGAUAAAAGGUCUGAAGGUUGAAGUGACUCAUUGUGGAACAAUGAGACGGAAAUACCGUGUUUGUAAUGUAACAAGAAGGCCUGCCAGUCAUCAAACCUUUCCUUUACAGUUAGAAAAUGGCCAAACUGUGGAGAGAACAGUAGCACAGUAUUUUAGAGAAAAGUAUACUCUUCAACUGAAGUACCCACAUCUUCCUUGUCUGCAAGUGGGGCAGGAACAGAAGCAUACCUACCUGCCACUAGAAGUCUGUAAUAUCGUGGCAGGGCAACGAUGUAUCAAGAAGCUAACGGACAAUCAGACUUCCACUAUGAUCAAAGCAACAGCAAGAUCUGCGCCAGAUAGACAAGAGGAAAUUAGCAGAUUGGUAAGAAGUGCAAAUUAUGAAACAGAUCCAUUUGUUCAGGAGUUUCAAUUUAAAGUUCGGGAUGAAAUGGCCCACGUAACCGGACGUGUACUUCCAGCUCCUAUGCUGCAGUAUGGAGGACGGAAUCGGACAGUAGCAACACCAAGCCAUGGAGUAUGGGACAUGCGGGGGAAGCAGUUUCACACAGGAGUGGAGAUAAAGAUGUGGGCCAUCGCUUGCUUCGCCACGCAGAGGCAGUGCAGAGAAGAGAUACUGAAGGGUUUCACGGACCAGCUGCGUAAGAUUUCUAAAGAUGCAGGGAUGCCCAUCCAGGGCCAGCCUUGCUUCUGCAAAUACGCGCAGGGGGCAGACAGCGUGGAGCCCAUGUUCCGGCAUCUCAAGAACACCUACUCUGGGCUACAGCUCAUUAUUGUCAUCCUGCCAGGAAAGACACCAGUGUAUGCGGAAGUGAAACGCGUAGGAGAUACACUUUUGGGUAUGGCCACACAGUGUGUCCAAGUCAAGAAUGUAAUAAAAACAUCCCCUCAAACUCUCUCAAACCUGUGCCUAAAGAUAAAUGUUAAACUCGGAGGGAUCAAUAAUAUUCUUGUACCUCAUCAAAGACCUUCUGUGUUCCAGCAACCAGUGAUCUUUUUGGGAGCAGACGUCACUCAUCCACCAGCUGGUGAUGGGAAGAAGCCUUCGAUUGCUGCUGUUGUAGGUAGUAUGGAUGCCCACCCAAGCAGAUACUGUGCCACAGUAAGAGUUCAGAGACCCCGACAGGAGAUCAUCCAGGACUUGGCCUCCAUGGUUCGAGAACUUCUCAUUCAGUUUUAUAAAUCAACUCGGUUCAAACCUACUCGUAUCAUCUUUUAUCGGGAUGGUGUUUCAGAAGGACAGUUUAGGCAGGUAUUGUAUUAUGAACUGCUAGCAAUUCGAGAAGCCUGCAUCAGUUUGGAGAAAGACUAUCAACCUGGAAUAACCUACAUUGUGGUUCAGAAGAGACAUCACACUCGAUUAUUUUGUGCUGACAGGACAGAAAGGGUUGGAAGAAGUGGCAAUAUCCCAGCUGGAACAACAGUUGAUACAGAUAUUACACACCCAUACGAGUUUGAUUUUUACCUCUGUAGCCAUGCUGGAAUACAGGGUACCAGCCGUCCUUCACACUAUCAUGUUUUAUGGGAUGAUAACUGCUUUACUGCAGAUGAACUUCAGCUGCUAACUUACCAGCUCUGCCACACUUAUGUGCGCUGUACACGAUCUGUUUCUAUACCUGCACCAGCGUAUUAUGCUCACCUGGUAGCAUUCAGAGCCAGAUAUCAUCUCGUGGACAAAGAACAUGACAGUGCUGAAGGAAGUCACGUUUCAGGACAGAGCAACGGACGAGAUCCACAAGCUCUUGCCAAGGCUGUACAGAUUCACCAAGAUACCUUACGCACAAUGUACUUUGCUUAA